AUGGCUUUCGAUGUGACUAUCGAGAUCACACUAGACAAAGGCUUUACCAGCAGCAGCAACGACGAUCAGAACCAGAAGCUCGACCUCCUGCUCGAACGUCUUUCUCAAUUCGAAGAGAGAAUAUCUCAGCUCGAAGCGUCGAGUCAUGAGUCGGAUGGCCAGGCUGAGGUAUCCUGGAGCACCUGGAGAGAUCUGGAUACGCCGAGUGCAAGACACACUUCACCAGACACGGCCACGGCCACGGCCGCCCGAAGCGAUGCCGCCCAAAUGCCUCAGUACCAGGUGGAAGACGAUGAUCUGCAGGAAGACAUAGCCGAGAUGCAAUCCCAGGACAUCAACGCUUAUUACAACGAGAGCUCUGACCACAUGGGCAACCGAACUCCAGGUCACAUCUUGUUUAAUGAUUCAAAGAGGGCACAGUACAUGGAAAAGUCACCAUUGGAGUGUGAAGAAUCACGGAGUCCUAUCCCCGACGUCCUGUCCGAAACCGAGCCUACGAGCGUCAGCGUAAUGAUGCCAUUCGUGCAAGAUUUCCUCGAUCGCCUCUUCGACGUGUAUCCAAUCACGUGUAAAGAUACUGUGGAAAGAAUGGUGGGAUGGGUCAAGAGCCACGGAUUUCAGGACGACGUGCCUUCCUGCUUCACCCUUCUUAUAGUCGCUCUUUCAAAGGCGUACCGAAGCUACGCGCCCGUGGACAGCGGAUUGGCGGAUUUCCAGCGAGCCACCCAGAUUCUCAGCCGGCUGAGCAGUCGGUCGAGCCUCGAAUAUGUCAUCGUCCAAGUCAUGUCGGCGCUGUUCCUAUUGAAGAUAGGGCGACUGGUAAAUUUUACCAACACGCUGCAUACAGCCUGUGCUGCGCUGUUUACUUUGAUCAGACGGUAG